AUGCGGUGUAAGUGUUGGGACCGUAAGGAAGGAAAGUUGCCGCUGUACCCCCUCAAAUACGUGUUGUCAACACUUGGAGGAGCCCCUUGAGUGAUGGACAGCUGACGUGAGGGCCUCAAUAUUAGCCUCUGAGGGCGACGAAGGUAAACUGCAGGAGGUCUCAGGCUGAGAUGAGAGCCUACUAGAGACGCCAGAAGCUGACGUGAUCCGCUCUCAUUAUUAACGACUAACUCAAAGAAUCUGGAUAUCAGUAUUUACAAAUCUUGUUCAAGUUAUUGGUGCUGAUCUCGCUAUUGUUGAAGGCUGUAGUAAAUCAGUGAUCUUAAGAAAAGUAAUCUCAAGGAAGCAGACAAUUGUUGUGAAGCUUGCGACUAUGGACGUCUCGAGUUCUAAUGGAACUGUGAGCCUUCUAUGUUAAUGAUUGACGUAUGUCCUGUUCUGAAACUUUCUUGAACUCUGAGAGUGCAAUCACGGAGUAUUGAUGACGUGAUUGACAGAAGAAAAUCGAUAAGUGAUGAGCCGUAUGAGGUGCUGCCCUCUGUCUCUACUCUCUCACACUACCAUCAUCACAGUGACCUGACCUCCUCCACCUGGCUCACCCUUGACCUCUAUCAAGCUGAUUCAGGCUGGACGUCUUGUCCCCUGCAGCAAGCCCUCUGUUGACGCUCUCAACCUUCACCCUACGCAGUGACUUACGCUUCACCCUCAUCUGCCCCCCUUGGACACCCUUCACAUACACACACACGCCCCCAAGUGGUACUCCAGAACCCUACAUACGAUUCAGUUUAGCCUCAUUACCGCACGCCCCAACAGGGGGGUGCUGGUAUUGGGUUCACCAACGACCUCUCUCGUAGGACCUUGAGAGGGUGUCAGCAGCCACCAACACUCACUGCUUGUGUCACCAGCAGGAGGACUAGGGGGCCGCCAUGGCCUCUCCCACUCCACACAACCUCCAGUACGUGACGGAGGCGCCGGACGGGUCCGGGGCAACAGUGAGCGGCCCCGUCAACAUCAGCGAUGUGAACUUCGACCCCAACAAUACUUCAAUGGUGGAGGAGUACAUCUUGGGGAUACUGGGACCCCAGCAUGUGUCGUACAGCGCCCUGCUGCCACUGACGGCGGUGUACAUGGUGAUCGCCGUCGGGGGCGUGGUGGGCAACGCCCUGACUUGCCUGGUAGUGGCUAGGAACCACACCAUGAGGACCUCUACUAACUACUACCUCGUCAACCUGGCCGUCGCCGACCUCCUCACGCUCUGUCUCACUCUGCCGGUGGAGGUGUACCAGAUGUGGGUACAGUACCCGUGGCCGUUGGGGGAGGCAGCGUGCAGGCUCCGUGCCAUGGUGCCGGAGACACUGACCCACGUGUCCGUGCUGACCAUCCUGGCCGUGUCCGGGGAGCGGUACGUGGCCAUCACCGACCCCGUCUACGCCCGUACCACCCACACCCUGACCCGCACGGCCCGGGUCCUGCCGGUCAUCUGGUUGACCUCCAUGCUGGCCGCCGUGCCGUUGGGCUACUUCCAGAAGGUGAACCUGGUGAAGUCCCCUCUGGGGUCAGACCUGCCCCAGAGUGCCUGGUGUGCCAUCCCCUACGACGACCCCUCCCCAAGAUAUUGCUGGCUUCUGUGGGCCUCCUCCGUCGGGGCCUUCAUGCUCCCGAUGGCCGUCCUCAUCGUCCUCUACUGCAAGAUAGGCAUGGUGUUGUCCAUCGACCCCCCAACCAGGACCCCAGCAGCUGGGGCUGGAGCCAUGCACACUCGCAAGGUUGGGAUCCGUAUGCUGGUAGCUGUGGUGGUGGCAUUCUUCUUGUGUUGGGCGCCGUUCCACGCCCAGCGGCUCAUGUUCGUCACCAUCACCACCUACGGCCAGUGGACGCCCUACCAUCGCUCCGUCAACACCAAGCUCUUCUACUGUACCGGUAUCUGCUACUACCUGAACUCCGCCGUCAACCCCAUCCUCUACUCCGUCAUGUCUGUUCGGUUCCGGAUCGCCUUCAGGAGGUCCUUGUGCGGGGGGAAGGCGUGGGCGAGGAAGCAGCUCUACCUCUCCAACACUCACGGCCAUCUCCACCUCUCCAACAACUCCAAUAUCCUCAACAGGACCAGGGAGAUCUCCACCACCACCUCCACCAGGAGAGUCCUCGACACCAACUACAGGAACGGCAUCAACUAUGUCUUCGUGCAGAUGGAGAUCCAAGCCUGAUUCUGAAGUGACUUCGAUGUCCACAAGUAACGUGACUUCGAUGUCCACAAGUAACGUGACUUCGAUGUCCACAAGCAACGUGACUUCGAUGUCCGCAAGUAACGUGACUUCGAUGUCCACAAGUAACGUGACUUCGAUGUCCACAAGCAACGUGACUUCGAUGUCCGCAAGUAACGUGACUUCGAUGUCCACAAUAAUGUGACUUCGAUGUCCACAAGUAACGUGACUUCAAUGUAGAACUUGACACUAAUGCAUGGCAGUGUAAUCGACACUAUGAACAAAUGAACAGAGUGUUCCAUUAGACAUGAGGCAGCGUUCACAAAGCCUAAAAGAGAAAUGGCUAAGAAUUAACAUAUCAUAAUUUAAUUUAAAAGUUUUUAAGUGGAGCUCGCAGCAAUAUUAUUACAUUUUAGCAACACUUAAAAAGUUGACACGUUGGAAAUUCUCACACACACAUACAUUAUUUCUGUAUCUGUCUCUUUCUGUCCAUAUCUUUCUGCAUCUCUCCUGUCUAAAAAUGUUCAGUGUCUGUCUUUCAACAUAUACCAACGUGUGCUACUCGUGAUUUGUUCCAGUUAUCUCCUGGUAUAAUCCUUGUGAGGGUUAUCUCCUCACUCGCAUGUUUACAUCACCUCUCAAGUUUCUUAUUAAUUUAUGUCGUUUUUAAAGAGGCUUCAUGAGACGCAUGUACAAGAAUCUCACGUGUGUGUGUGUGUUUGUCCUCUUACUGUCCACGUUGUUGUAUGCGAGUGCUCAUGCUGUCCAAGCAUGGACUACUGUCCAGGCAUUGGUUAUUGUCCAAGCAUGAGCAACUGUCCAACUGUUCACAAUCGACUUGAGAAUGGUCCAGGACGGCCCGAAACCUCGUCGUCCCUUCACCUUCUAGUGUGUAGUCUGGUCAUUAUACUUUAGCCACGUUAUUGUGACUCAUCGCCUGCAACUGUCCAGGCAUUAGCUACUGGCUAAAUCUAAACAAUGGACAAGAUGUAACCCCUAAGACGUGUACAUCAUGAUACAAGUGUUCUACAGCUGACAUGCACGUGUUCUACAGGUGUCACUACAAGUGUUCCCGCGCGAGGGUGUUGACACAAGGCGCUGGCGCUCUGUGUACUUCGCCCACUCUCGUCAUGGCGAAGACAAGAGUUCGAUGCUAUGAUACUUAUUUUUUGUACACCAGGUUGGUGGGUAGAUGGCGCCCCUGAGCUCAAGUGUAACAUUCCUGGUCUGGUCUCGUCGCUUAACCCGACAAUAACUGUAAUGUGUUGUAUUGUCUGGCUACAACACUUGUUACAUUACAGUUUUACACACACACACACACACACACACACACACACACACACACACACACACACACACACACACACACACACACACACACAGACGACACACACAAUAUAUAUUAAUGUUAUUGAAUAUGACAGAGAGGAUGAAAUCAAUGAUUCUAGUACGAAUCUUCUCUACUUAGUUUUAACUUUUUUUCUAAACCUGAGAAAGAAGUUGAAAAAUUAACUCUCCAAAGUUCAUGUUGUACUUGUAUUAUGGCCUGGCGCUAAGAUGUCCUUGUUCCUUGACCCUUAUCAGCAUUAUCAAAGGUCAGAGUAUCACUGGUUGCAAUUGUAGAAGAGCGAAUAUAUUACCGGAGAUGAGGUCAACCAUCUCAGUAUGGCCCAAUAGGCCCACUACACCUUACCAGUCGCCCCAGGGUCUCUGACGACAGGCGGGAGUGUCUUGGAGGUCUCGUCUUACACCUGGAGUGUGUGUUGGAGGUCUCGUCUUACACCUAGAGUGUGUGUUGGAGGUCUCGUCUUACACCUAGAGUGUCUUGGAGGUCUCGUCUUACACCUGGAGUGUCUUGGAGGUCUCGUCUUACACCUGGAGUGUGUGUUGGAGGUCUCGUCUUACACCUAGAGUGUCUUGGAGGUCUCGUCUUACACCUGGAGUGUCUUGGAGGUCUCGUCUUACACCUGGAGUGUCUUGGAGGUCUCGUCUUACACCUGGAGUGUAAGCUGGAGUCAGCUGGCUGGAUUGUUUUGGUGUGCAGUGGUUGGUGUUGAUGCCUGGUUGGUUGCCUCGCCCCUAGAUGUCAAAUCUUUCGUUGUCACUGUAUGUGUCGAUUACUGAAGUGUUGUGUGGUGCAGCGACACUAGAGGAUGGGACACUAGCGAGGCACUACACCUCUAAGACACCUCCCAGCCGCGCCUAACACCAGGUUACACUCUGGUGUCUUAGUGAGCACCACCAAGAAUCCUGCUCCACUCAUCACUGACACAGGAUUGAUUGAUUGGUCAAGAUUAAGCCACCCAAGAGGUGGCUCGGGCAUGAAUAGCCCGUAAGUGGUAAAACAUUUUGUU